UUAUAUUUUAUUUUUUAAAUUCUUUCUAACUACUCCGUACUGUCCCUCCACUUCCACACUUCACUCUUCACCAUUUUUUCCUCUUCCAAUUUGCCCUCUCCACAUUCUCCCUUGCUUUGAGAAAAGCGGCAACCUUCCAUUUUCUCUCCCCUCAAGGUUUUGGUUUCCGUGGAGAUUAGGGUUUGACUAAUGGCAGAGGAAAAUGAGACGAAAGUUGUUGAUCCGCCCAUUGAUUCGCCUACUUCUGUUCUCGAAGAUGAGGAUAUAGUGAAAGAAGAAGCUGAAGUCAAUGAUUUGCUCAUUGAAGCGAAAAAUGGAGAUGCUAUUCUUAUAUCGAAAGAAAUGGCAGAGGAAGAAGAGAAGCUGCUUGAAUUGAGAAUGAAGGAAGAAAUUGCUGAGCAGGAAAGAUUGGCGGCUAAUGCAGCCAAUCUUAACGAGUCUCAGUUUUCCAAGUUAGAUGAACUUUUAAACCAGACACAGCUCUACUCAGAGUUCUUGUUGGAAAAGAUGGAUGACAUUACAUUAGAUCGAGUAGAGGAACAAGAAGACGAAGAAGAACCCAAACCCAACAAGGGGAAAAAGAGGGGACGAGGUGCAAAGAAGAAAGCUGCCCAAUACAAUGAUAAGAAAGCAAAAAGAGCAGUUGCAGCAAUGAUUACGAGAUCCAAAGAAGGUACAGUUGCUGAAGAUUCCGAUCUUACAGAGGAAGAGAGAGUUGCGAAAGAGCAGUCUCAGCUUGUACCCCUGUUGACUGGUGGGCAGCUAAAAAGUUACCAGAUCAAAGGGGUUAAGUGGAUGAUAUCUCUCUGGCAAAAUGGUCUAAAUGGAAUCCUAGCUGAUCAAAUGGGGCUUGGUAAGACAAUUCAAACCAUUGGUUUUCUUGCUCAUCUAAAAGGGGAAGGUUUGCAUGGGCCUUAUAUGGUGAUUGCUCCUCUCUCUACUCUGUCAAACUGGAUGAAUGAAAUCAAUAGGUUUACACCAUCAAUGAAAGCUAUAAUAUAUCAUGGUAAUCCGAAAGAGAGGAAUCAGAUACGCCUGAAACAUAUGCCCAAAAGCAUUGGUCCGAAUUUCCCUAUAGUUAUUACUUCUUAUGAGGUAGCUCUUAAUGAUGCCCGGAAACACUUGAAGAGUUACAAGUGGAAACAUGUUAUUGUUGACGAGGGCCAUCGACUGAAAAAUUCAAACUGCAAAUUGUUUAAAGAGUUGAAGCGUUUGCCUAUUGAGAACAAGCUUCUAUUGACUGGAACACCGUUGCAGAACAACUUGGCCGAGUUGUGGUCAUUGUUGAAUUUCAUUUUGCCCGACAUAUUCUCAUCUCACGAAGAAUUUGAGUCAUGGUUUGACCUGUCUGGGAAGCGUAGCAAUGAAGUGGAGAAAGAGGAAGUAGAAGAGAAAAAGAGGGUUCAGGUGGUGGCCAAGCUACAUGCCAUAUUGCGUCCGUUUCUCCUUCGUAGAAUGAAGGCUGAUGUUGAACAAUCACUCCCUGGCAAAAAGGAGAUUAUUUUAUAUGCCACCAUGACAGAGCAUCAGAAGAACUUUCAGGACCACCUAGUCAAUCGAACUUUGGAAAAUCAUUUAGUGGAGAAUGUAAGCUUAGGUGGUGUACCACGUGGUUUGAGAGGAAAGCUUAACAAUCUAAUGAUUCAACUCCGGAAAAAUUGCAAUCAUCCAGAUCUCUUGGAAUCUGCUUUUGAUGGAUCGUACUUUUAUCCUCCUGUAGAACAAAUAGUUGGACAGUGUGGCAAAUUCCAGUUGCUGGAGAGGUUGUUGACUAAACUCUUUGCGCGAAAACACAAGGUUCUGAUAUUCUCUCAGUGGACCAAAAUUCUUGACAUAAUGGAUUACUACUUCAGUGAGAAGGGACUUAAGGUUUGCAGAAUUGAUGGCAGUGUAAAACUUGAAGAAAGGAGGAGGCAGAUCAAUGAAUUUAAUGAUGUAGAUAGCGACUUUAGAAUAUUUCUUCUCAGUACGAGGGCUGGAGGUUUAGGCAUAAACCUUACUGCUGCCGACACUUGUGUUCUUUAUGACAGUGACUGGAACCCUCAAAUGGAUCUCCAGGCAAUGGAUCGUUGCCACAGGAUUGGUCAAACUAAGCCUGUUCAUGUUUACAGGCUUGCCACUGCACAGUCUGUUGAGGGUCGUAUGCUGAAAAGGGCUUUCAGUAAGCUGAGGCUUGAACAUGUUGUCAUUGGAAAGGGGCAGUUUAAGGCAGAGAGGACAUUGAAUAACAUUAUGGAGGAGGAGGAUCUGCUGGAACUUCUCCAAGAAGAAGAAGAUGACGAAGAUAAGAUGGUGCAGACCGAAAUCAGCGAUGAAGACAUGGAAAAGGUGCUUGAUCGUACCGACUUGCUUGUUGCAUCAGGCGCAGCUUAUGAAGAUGCGAAGAAGGCUGAGAAGUUUGUGCUUCCUCUUAAAGGGCCCGGAUGGGAGGUGGUUAUACCAACCGCAACAGGUGGUGUCUUAUCCACUCUCAACAGCUAAUUGCCUAAUUCUACUCUUUACCAGUGAACAUGGAUGGCCACGUGUGAAUUUUGGGUGGAUUUUGUGUUUAUGCACCGUGGGGAAUAGACCUGUUCAACGGGCCAGGUUAGGGCCGGGUCAGAAUUAAAUGGGUCAGGCUGGGCCUAGCCUAUGAUUUUUGUGUUUAUGCACACUGGGGAAUAUAGCUUUUGCUCCUUUCAUUUUGUUUCAUUGGCAGUUAAAAAAGAGUAGGAAAAGGAAAGGAAAGGAAAAGCCAUUUAGAAAGGAAGCUGCUUUUGUAAAUUUUGUUGUACUUCAGCUCACUCGGCUAGUUGGUUGUGUAGUUUUGGUGCUGUGUUCCAACUUUUGUUAUCUACAAAGUAUUAGAUGAAUGAAUUGAUAGUUUAAGGAGCAGUUGAUCAGUAAAAUGCAGGUGUAUGAGAAUGAAAUGUAACGGUUAGGUUAGUUUACUGGUGGUUGAAUUUUGUCAUUUCAGAUUUUCAGCCUCGAAAUGAAGCUUGUCGAAAAUUGAAUAGCCAAAUGAAAUACAGCUGAAAUGGUAAGUUAAAA